AUGGCUGCGCCUACUACAGAGCCCGAGUAUGUGGGCGACGGCGGUGUCAAGGAGAAGCGAGUCUCUGUCGAAGUCAACUUCAAGCCCGAUGAGGAGGAAGAGGAAGAUGAGGCCAUCACCGAUCUUUUCGUCAGCUUCCCUCCCAUCAAGGGCAUCGAGGCAGAGCCCAACCCCCUGACCGUCCGCGCGGUACUGACAGGUAUUGUCCUGGGAUCUUUGGUCAACGCGUCGAACGUGUACCUGGGUCUCAAGACGGGUUUCACCUUUCCCGCCACCAUGUUCGGUGCCAUUUUCGGUUAUGGGUUUAUCCUGUUUCUGACCAAAGUCUUCCCCGGCAUCCCCGGUAUUGGCACCCGCUUCGGCCCCCAAGAGAACUCGAUCGUUCAAGCUUCUGCAACCGGUGCCGGCGGCAUGGCUGGUCUUUUCGUUGCCGGUUUACCUGCCAUGUACCGCCUCAGCUUGCUUUCAGAUAACCCCAAGGACGACUUCGGCCGCAUCCUCACCAUCACCGUCGUGUGUGCCUUUUUCGGCCUCUUCGCCGCCGUACCACUUCGGAAGUUCUUCAUCAUCAACGUUGCUCGUGAAUUGAACCUGGUCUUCCCGAGCCCUACCGCUACAGCUGUAACUAUUCGAUCGAUGCACGCUUUGGGUUCAGGGGCUGGUGAUGCCAUACGCAAGGUCAAGGCCCUGGGCUUCGCCUUCUUCGGUGCCUUUACACAUAUUGUUGUUUCCCAAUAUGCCGAUGGAAUCCUUCAUAACUGGCACAUCUUUACCUGGUUCUACAUCUGGAGUGGCUACAAGAACUGGGCUCUGAACAUCGAGAACUGGGGUUGGUACAUCCAACUGACACCCGCCUUCUUCGGCUCCGGUAUUCUGGUCGGUCUCAAUGCCGCCGUUUCUUGGUGGCUCGGCACUGUUGUUGCCUGGGGCCUGAUUGGACCUCUUCUUGUCCACUAUGGCGAAUGUGUGGGCAUACCUUAUGGAGAGGGCAAGUGGGAAGGCCUGACAAACUUCAACAGCAUGAGCGGCAUUGGCACCGAGGGAUGGGUGCCUUCUCCCAGAUACUGGAUGCUGUGGCCUGGUGUCAUGGUGCUCAUCGUUUACAGUUUGGUCGAGUUUCUGAUCCACAUCCGUGUCAUUUACGACGGCUUCAAGUACGCUCUGCGUAACAUGGCCGGCUCUGUCAAUAGCGCCCUGCAGAAGCGCGGCAAGAACAACACUUUCCUGGAGAAGCAGGCCGCCAAAGCCAACGACGAGUCAUCUCUCCUUGAGGAUUUCGCUCCUCCGGAGGACCAGGUCCCCAUCUGGAUUUGGGUGACCGGAACUAUCGUGUUCGUCAUCGUUGCCUGCAUCGUCUGCGAGCUGCAGUUCCACAUGAACGCUGGCCUGGCUAUUCUCGCUUGCAUCCUGGGUCUUGUCUUCGCCUUCCUCAGUAUCUACGGAGGUGCCGUCACUGAUACCACCCCCCUGACCGCGUCAUCCAAGGCUUCCCAGCUGGUCUACGGUGGUAUUACCAAGGGUCACUACUCGAUCACGGACGCCCAGCGAAUCAACCUAAUUGCCGGUAACAUUGCUUCCGGCACUGCUGACGUCGCCACCAACUUGGUCAGCGAUUUCCGCGUUGGUUUCCUUCUCCGAACCCCUCCUAAGCUGCAGUUCUACGCUCAAGCUGCCGGCGCCCUCGUCUCCGUGUUCCUCGCUCCCGGUAUCUUCGUCCUAUUCAUGUCCGCUUAUCCCUGCAUACGCGACCAGACCAUCGAGUCGUGCCCCUUCUCCGCCCCUUCAGUCGUUGCCUGGCAGGCUGUUGCUGAGGCCGUGACCCUCCCCAAGCUCCCUAUCCCCCUGUCCUCGGGUAUCUUCGCCAUCGUCUGCGGUGUCUUCUGCGCUUUCCAGGCCCUGUUCAAGAACUUCUACCUGGUGGGAUCCCGCGAGAAGUACCGUGAAUACCUCCCGAACUGGAUGUCGAUUGGUGUUGCCUGGGUUCUGGGAGUCGACAGCGGAUACGCCAAUGCCAUUCUCUUCGGCAGUAUCACCGCCUGGUGGUGGAAGAAGUACUUCCCCAAGGGCUUCGAAGCGUACGCAUUCUCAGUUGCCGCCGGCCUCGUUGCUGGUGAGGGUUUGGCCGGUGUCGUAAAUGCUGCUUUGACCUUGGGAGGCGUUGACGGAACCAAGAAGGGCAGCUUGAUUGCUCUGCCCGGCGAAGACUGGUAA